GAAACACAUGACGGGCUGCGGCUGCCAGAAUGACGGGUGUCCCACACCGCGGCGCGACCGCGCGAGUUUCUCCGCUGGAAUUUAAAGUCGUGCCUCUGUGAGGGGUACUUAAGUGUACAGCUGAUGCCCGGAGGGCAUAAAGGGAGGUAACCGAACUAGAUGCGCCAGCUACAGUCAGCCUAUAAUGUCAAAACAUGAUGCGAAGGUGCAGCAGUCAAGUUGUCAAAGCGGAGUGAAAGCCAGCGUGACUCGUGCUGUUUCAGAUCAGGAGAGAUUUUACACACACACUGACAAAACACGUUUUCAGAAUGUCAGUGAGCAAGAGAAAUUAAAUCCUACUGCAGCUUCUCAACAUAACCACAACAAGGAGGAUUUAGAGACAAGAACUACUUCAUCCCCACCAUCGUUGCAGUUAAAAGGGCAGCAGAAAAGCAGCAAAGAUUUGCAAAUCAAGCAGAUAAUACUGUUUGGAUCUAAGAAUACCUCCAGCAGGAAAUCUGAAGAACAGAGUGAAUCUGCCAGAUUUACCUCCACCAUCUCUAUAAAGCUUCCCACCAGAAGAAAUAAAAAAGACACAGCAGAGGAAAAAACAUUACAAGCGACAACACACUUCUACAGAACACUUGAAGCGGAAAAAAACACAGCUAAUCAACACCACACAGAGCUGUGGGACUUGCAAUGUGGCGUAUCAACUGGUGAAUUGCUUAAGGAUGGGCAAAAAGCAACCUUUGAUGAAGCCCCUUUGCAUCAGCAUGGACAUAACACACCCAAACAUGGACAAAAUACAGGAAUACAACACAACAUAGGCCUUCAUGAGCAAACCGACCACAAGGACUCACUAGGACACAACUCUUCUCAUUUUAUUCAUGAGUUACGAACAGAAGUAAAGAAGGAAUCUGGAGACCAUAGAGAGAAUGCUCCAACAACUCCACAAAACCACAAUAAUCUGGACAGUGUUCUAAAAGCAAGCACUGACUCCCAGCUUUUCACACACCAGUCAGAAGUACUUGACCAGGUUUUGUCGUUAGUCUGUUCUGAAAAUACCCCUGAGGUAAAAGCUAACCUUAUAAAUCCUACAACAGCUAUGUUGACGUCUGCACUGGCUUCAGUUCUUGCUCCACCUUUGAGUGGCCGUCUUCGAAGACCCAAGCAAGGCAUCAGUGAAGCAGAGACUGAAGUUCAAGAUCGUGGACAGUAUGACCACCCAUCUACCUUAACUCAACAGGGUCGGCGGCAACAACCAUUUUUUCCUUUCCAGAGGCAGGCAUCUGAACACAUGAUGGCCAAUGACAGUAACAUGCAGGUGAAUGCUGGAACCAGCUACUCUGCUGACUGGCAAAAAGAGAACAACUCCCCGAAUGUUACGACCACAAUAAACCAAAAGAGACCCAUUACGAAAUCUUCCUCCGUGAGCAUGACGUACAACAGUAGAGAAUUGCACACAACUCUGGACUCACGUCAGGUGCCAACUUCAGCUCAGUCAGGAUAUAGAGUAUCAAAAAGCGGAGAUGAAAAUGAGCCUUUUAAAUCAUUGAGUUCCAAGCCAACAACAAGCAGUUUACUUCUCUCCUUGAGGAGAUCAAAUUUGAGAAACUCUACUCCUGAGCCUACACAAACACAGACUCCGAUAACUAGAUCUAUAAGGUCCCUAACAUUGCCUAGCAGAAUUGUUUUGAAAACUCACUCGUCUGACCAAUCUUAUACCAAUGAACACCAAAACCCUGACACUCCUGUAAGAACAGAGGAAAUACCAGUUGGUCAGUUUCGUUUCUCACCUAGAAUUAAGAGUAGAGUACCAUUAAACACAUCAAUGUUUUCAAGUAAACAAGAGACGGGCAUUUCAAAGGGACUGGAAGCUUCUGUUGCCUCAGCAGAAGUAGAGAAUGAACAUUUCCCACAUUCCACAACCAAAACCAGCCAGCUUGGGGCUCUCAAAUCUCAGCAGACCUCUUAUUUAGUUUUUUUGAGGGAAUAUUCCAGCACAGAGAGCAUUGAUCCCAUAAAGCAAAGUCCUGGUAACACCAACAACCUGCAGAACUCCAACAUUACCAAACGACAAAUAAUUCAGAACACAGUGAUUUCUCCCAAAGAUUCAACAGGUUUUCAAAAUCAGCAAUCGAAUUUUCAUAUGUCAAAAUCACAAAACACACAUAAUAUAACAGCUAGCAAUUCUUCCGGCACAAACACUUUCACAGACAGGCUUAACUUUAUACCCCGAAAAGACUCUUCUGUAGAUGGAGUAAGCCCAACAAAUGUGGGGCAGAUAUACUCCAGGAAAUAUUCAAGUCAAAGCUCAAUGGAUCUUUCAGGACCUCUUUCUCCAAGCAGACCUCUUCAUAAUGUCAGAGUACCGAGCAUCUAUUCAUACCUACGAGAGUCUAACUCAUCUCUGUCCUCCCCUUCCCCUUCCACCCCUUUGUCCCACAUACAGAAUGCUGAAAUCUCACCUCCUAAACAAGAUGGGGGUGCAAAACUGCAUGGUGACUGGAAAACACUUCCCUCAAGAUUUUCGUUUGACUUCAACCCAUCUGUUCCUAAGGUACAAGAAUUACAAAAAAGCUUAAGCACUAAUACAUCUCCAGCUCAAUCUCUGCCCCCUGAUUUUGGAAGAGGAUCAGCACCUCGCCUCAGCACUUCUCCGUAUUCUAGCCUCAUCUCCUCAAGGCCUGCACUCAGUAGCACUUUACAAGGACUGUCCUCUCCACCUGUGUCUGAAACACAUUCCCGAUCUACAUCUUACAAUAAUCCUGACCUUAUAAAAAAUGACCUAAGUUCUUUAACAUCCAAAUACACAAGCAUAACCAGGAGACCAAGGGAAGAUUCAGCUUCAUCGCACAGAGAACAGAGGACAGCAGUUCAAGCUUAUGCAAGCAACCUAGAUAAUCACAGACCUGCCCAGCCAUGCCUAUCACAAACUACACCAGAUGCAAGUUUUGUCAUGGAAAGCCGAAGUGCAAAUAUAAGCUCACACCCAAGGCAGCCGAAUACAGGCUCUAACAACUUCCAUAACCUAGAACAUGAUGACUCGAUGGCACUUCGACUUUAUAAGUGUAAUGUUUACCCCAAGCACAGGCUGAGUGAGAAAGAGAAGUAUUUGCUCCCUAAAGACCUUAGUGCACAAAGUGAGACUCCACUUGCACAUGAGAAAGAGACUACCACUGGGCAUAUGCAUGAGAGAUUGCAGGAAACACAGAGUCCCAAUUCAAGGAAAGGACUUUUUGCUUCACGAGUAAAGAAAGAUGGUUCCUUCUCUUCAGCUUCUUUGCCAGAAAAAGAAAUUGGUAGUUUCCAGUUUUUAAAAACUAAAAGACAUUUACCAGUUUUCAGAACAACCAGCAGGAUUGAUCAAAUGCUAAAUCGAUUGAAACUGACAUUUGGUGUCAAGCGUUCAGACAGUGCACUUGACACAGUCACAAAAAAGAACAAGACCCCCACUCAGCAAUCCUCAGACACAGAGACUUUUGAAAUACCCAAAACAGAUGACAAGACUUGUACUGGAAUUAAAGAGGAACCCUGUAACUCCUCUUUAACAAUUGAUAAAGUCUCUUUGGGUUCAUUGUCACCUAUAAAAUUAAGUACGUCUGAACACACAUUAAAUGUGGAUGGACAAAAUAGGUCUACAUCUAAAAUACAGUAUUCUGAGUGCAUGUGGGAAUUACCUAACUCAUCUUUGACCACUAAUAAAGAAACUUUUGGGUCAUUGCCGCCACUUGCAAUAAGAGAUUCGGAGAAUACUUCUGAUAUAGAUUGGCAAAACAAGUCUACAAAAACGAACACCGAACAAAAUGGUUCUGGGUGCACAUGGGAGGCCCCCAGCUCAUCUUUGACCACCGAUAAAACAUAUCUUGCCUCUUUUGGGUCCGCGUCACCGUCAUCUUCAAAGAAAUCAUUAGAUAACAAACUAUACGGUGAUCAACAAAAGAUGGAUAGCAAUGAAAUGGAAAACCAGUCGAAUGGCAGGAGUUUUAGUCAACACAGGCUAAAGGCCCAAAGUAUGAACCGCUCUGCCACCUUGCCGCAUUAUAGAAAAUCUUCAUUUGGUCCCCCGUCACCAUUUUACUUGUUUGAUUUCGAUUCAGAAGACAUUCAGAAUGACAGUGUGUUUUAUAGUCCAGUAAGCAAAAAGACAAAUUCACUGUGCGAGUCUGAUGACAUCUCUCCACUGAGCUCUGCUAAGAGUUCCUUGCAGCAAAACCUUGUGAGAUCUCGCUUGUCCUCGUCAUGUGCUGAUUUAAAGUAUGGCCUGCACGGUGGACGAUCUUUCUCAGUCAGUGGCGUGGUUUCAAGCCGCACAUCAGGUUCCAGACGAAUCUCAACAAGCAGCACCAGCGACCUCUCGAGCUUGGAAGACUUUGCACCAAAGGGGAAUCAAACGGUUGACUCCCUAAUGAGCACUAGCCAUUCCCCAAGCUACGAUGCCAAAUCAGUCACUGGUAAACAGUCUCAAACUGAAUUUAAAGAUGAUUGUCUUGAACUUGACUUUGCAGACCCAACCCCACCUCCAUCACCAACUUUUUCCUCAUCUCCUCGUCGGAUAUCCCAAGCCCUUUCUACACCCUCCCCCAUCAGGACAACUCCAGAAAAUCUGUCUCCUUUUCAGCUGCCCUCAAGGAGCUACACAAACAACCUGACUGUUUUUGAGGAGUCUGGUUCUGACACCACAACCGAUGAUGAAUACUAUCUUGGCAAUGGUGGUGAAGAUGAUCUGGAAACAGAACUUUAGAUUGUUGUUCAGUUUCAUCCUGUUUCAGAUGUGCUUACAAUUUAUACUGCCUUAAUAUGGCCUUUGUCAAACAAUAUCCAAAUUCUGCAUACAAUUUGGAACCCAGGUCUUGCAUUAAUAGAAGGAAUUAUAAUUAUAUGUCAUGUUUUCAUGUUAUGAAUUGUGCUUCUUGAAUCCUUUAGUGAGGAUAAUAAUGUUUGCUUUAACUAUGAAUGUAUUUCACAAUACAGUGCAAUAUACUGUAUAUAUUUUACUUCUAUACCUUUUUUAUAUUUUUUGGAUCUUGAAACUUUGAAAUGGAUACUUCUAGCAUAAUUACUUUUGUUCAGAGCUGCCUGUAGGUUAUAGGUGUUUUCAUCUGCUAAGCUAUUUGAAUGCACAGCAUGACAGUCACAAUACAGUCAUUUUCCUGACAGCCAUUCUAUAGUCAGCUGUCAACUAAAGAACUCCAACUAUGUUCAAUAGAUGUGUUUGAAUGUUUUUCAACCCAUUAUAAACUAUGGUAUUUUUGCCACAACAAAACUGGAGCUUAAUCAAGAGUCCGCGAUCCAUUUGAUAUCAUUGUUAAAAGAGAAAACUGUAUUCAAAGAAGUGGUGGACAGCCAAAUGACACAUUCAUAACAAUGUGUUAAGUCCCUCAGACAAACUACGCAAAAGAUGAACAAAUCUGGACCUCACAUUUGAUUUGAUUUGCUGUGCAGUUUAACUGUGCUGUUUGUCGUGCAUAUUUGGUUUAAACUGUAAUAUUAGUUGAUCAUUUAUUGUAAUUUAUUAUGCUAGGAUGGGGGUUAAGCCUUAGGGACCUCCAUAAACAUGACUAUUAAGUAAAGGCUAUAAAAUAAUGGUAAUUUCUGCAUAAUUUCUUGAACGUCUUCAUUAAUAACAAUUUUUUGUGAUAUUUAUGAAAAUGUAAUAUAUUGAAUGCACUUAUUUCUGUUAAGAAAUGUUGAAUCAUUCUGAUUACUUAAAAAAUCUAACAGUGUGUAAAAUAAAGCAUAUGUGUACACUCAGUCUUGACUUAAUGUUCUAUAAUAAAACAGUUAUUGAACAGUUGUGUAAUUACAGUUCAUUAAAACCUUUCAUGUCACAACCUGCCAUCUCCUAAUAUUAAAUUUAGCUGCACAAUGAGCAGUUAUGAGUGAUACACCUGAUAUGGUGCUCUCUUGUUUCGGCAAUUUGCUGAACAACUGUUUUGAAGGGGAACAAUCAUGUUAGCAAAGGCUCUGGACAUAUAAUGUUGUAAAAAAACUAAAAUAUUUAUGAUGAUUUUUUUUUUUUUUUGCAGUCACUGUGACGUUUAUUAUUAAAAUAUUAUUAAGUUAAGGGUACUUUAAUAUAUAUACAAUGAGCCACAGAUAAUAAGUUUGUUCUGCUUGUAGUCCAUAUGGGACAUUCUACCAAAAAACAUACAUGUGUCCCUCAAAUAAAAACAUAAAUACAGUGAUUAAAAAGUAUUGGUCACACUUUAUUUUGAUGGUCUGUUUGUUGAAUUUAAGUUACAUUGGAUCUACUGUACAUGCCAACCAAUUCUCAUAAGAUUAUAAGUAGACUGUUAGGUUGGGGUUAGGGUUGGGGUUAGAGUUAGUGUACGUGUACAUGAACUUGCAAAGUUUGUUAUAGUCGGUUAAAUGUCUGUUGAAGGAGCAGUAUCAACAGAUAUUACCCAGACAGUUUACUAAUACUCAAAUGAACCGUCAAAAUAAAGUGUUACCAAAGUAUUUCAUCCCAAAAA